UUCCAAACACUUAAUACUUUGUCCUACCAUUUUUGUUAACUGCUACUUACUUACCUUGUAUGCCUUUUGUCACUAUGCGUAUGAGUAGUGUCACACUCUUCUUUAUUCUUUGCUUCUCUACCUCCUUGUAUGAUGCUUCUGCUCUUGCCUCUGACGGUGUCACUCUCCUUUCACUCUUGACUCAUUGGACCUUUGUUCCACCCAUCAUAAACUCCACGUGGAAGGGCUCUGAUUCGGUUCCGUGCUCGUGGAUUGGAGUCCAAUGCAACCAUGCCUAUAAUGUGAUCUCCCUUAAUCUCAGUGAUCUUGGGAUUCAAGGUCAACUUGGACCAGAAAUAGGACAAUUAUAUCGCUUGCAGACCCUUGUGUUGUCGAAUAAUGGUUUCUUAGGAGAGGUACCUUCAAAGCUAAGUAACUGUACUUUGCUUCAGGUCUUAGACCUUUCUAAUAACAGCUUUAGCGGACUGAUACCAAAUAUCUUCAAGAAAUUGCAAAGCUUACGCAGCAUGAAUUUGUCGUCUAAUCUAUUGGGUGGUACGAUUCCCGAUUCCUUGUUUCAAAUUCGUCAGCUUGAAGAAAUGAACCUUCACAAUAACCAUCUCAGUGGUCCUAUACCAUCCAGUAUUGGGAACUUGACUGAGCUGUUAAGGUUACACUUACAUGGUAAUCAGUUGUCAGGUACGAUUCCUUCAUCCAUUGGUAAUUGCAGUAAACUAGAGGAAUUGUUUCUGAAUGAGAACAGAUUGAGUGGGGAACUAUCUUUGGAGAUGGCAAAGCUCAAGAAUCUAAAGACUAUGUCUUUGUUUGACAACCAGUUCUCAGGAGUCAUUCCUCAAGACUUGGGAAUCAAUAGCAGCAUAGUGAAACUGGACUUUACAAAUAAUAAGUUCACUGGUAAUCUUCCACCAAGUCUUUGCUUUCGAAAGAAGUUACAAGUGCUGAACAUGGGAUCUAAUCGACUUCAAGGUAACAUACCUUCUGAUGUAGGAAGGUGUACAAGUCUGAGUAUGCUGAUUCUCAGUGAAAAUAAUUUCAUUGGGUCUCUUCCUGUUUUUGAGAGUAAUAUGAACCUCAAAUACUUACACAUAAGCAAGAACAACAUCAGUGGACCAAUUCCACCAAGUCUAGAAAAUUGUACAAAUCUUGCUGCAAUUAACAUGUCACUGAACAAGUUUACUGGGCUCAUACCAUCUGCACUUGGAAAGCUUGUGAAUCUUACGAUUUUGGAUCUUUCACACAACAAUUUGGAAGGACCUUUGCCACCACAGCUGUCAAAUUGUACUAAAAUGGAUCAUUUUGAUGUUGGAUUCAACUCCCUAAACGGUUCCUUCCCAUCAAGUCUGAGGAACUGGACAGGGAUAACCACAUUGAUUUUAAGAGAGAAUCAUUUUACAGGUGGUAUCCCGAGCUUUUUCUCAGAACUUAGCAAGCUUCGUGAACUACAACUUGGUGGAAAUUUGAUUGGAGGAACAAUUCCUCCAUCAUUGGGAAAACUGCAGAAUCUGUUCUAUGGGUUGAAUUUGAGUUGCAAUGGAUUGACAGGUGUGAUUCCUUUAGAACUUGGGCAUGUACAAGAACUGCAAAGUCUGGACUUAUCACUGAACAAUUUGACAGGAAACAUAGAUGUUCUUGAUAAACUACUUUCAUUGAUUGAGAUCAAUAUUUCAAACAAUUUCUUGCAUGGUCCUAUUCCGAAAUCUCUCUUUAAGUUUCUGAAUUCCUCUUCAUCUUCUUUCUUGGGCAAUCCCCAUUUAUGUGUCAGUUGUUCUCCUUCUAGUGGCCUGAAUUGCACCAACACUAGUAAUUUGAAGCCAUGUCCCUAUCAAUCAACUGAUCACAAAGGCAUCAGUGCAUUGGUAAUUUUAAUGAUAGAACUUGCAUCCUCACUGUUUGUUUCAGCUAUGCUGGUAGCUCUACUUUUGAUGUAUCUCCGCAAGAAAGAAAUGAAGAAUGAUGUCUAUGGUGAAAAAUGGUUGUCUGUUAUUAAGUUCUUCACUGAAAACCAGUCAGCUUCCCUUCACGACAUAGUGAUGAAGGCUACAGAUAACCUAAAUGAUCAGUACAUUAUUGGCAGAGGAGCUCAUGGGAUUGUUUAUAGAGCUCAACUGGGUGAUACGACUUUUGCGGUAAAGAAGAUUGCAUUUGAAAGGAACAAGAGGAAGUAUUUACAUAUUAUGCGGAAAGAAAUUGAAGUGCUGGAAGGGAUCAAGCAUAGAAACUUGGUCUCUUGUGCAGACUACUGGAUAGGAGAGAACUAUGGUUUAGUCUUAUAUAAGUACAUGAAGAAUGGAAGCCUCCAUGACAUUUUGCAUGGGAAACAUCCCCCACUACCCUUAUGUUGGAAUAUACGGCUUAACAUCGCUGUUGGAAUUGCACAUGGACUAAAAUAUCUGCAUCAUGACCACACCACACCCAUAGUGCAUCGAGACAUAAAGCCACAGAAUAUACUUCUUAAUGAUGACAUGGAACCUCUUAUAUCUGAUUUUGGUACUGCCCUCUACAGGAACCUAGCUAUACAUUCUUAUAGUCAAUCUCAGUCUUGCAAAAAGCUUUCAACGUAUGUUGUAGGCACUGCUGGUUAUAUCGCACCAGAGAAUGCAUAUGUAAUAGUGCAGAGCAGAAAGUCAGAUGUGUACAGCUAUGGGGUAGUCCUGCUUGAGUUACUAACCAGAAAGAGAGUGGUUGUUGAGGAGGAAAGAAAGGUAACCGGUUUAGUGAGUUGGGUUAGAUCUAUUUGGUUGGAAACAGGAAAAAUUGAGGAGAUUGCUGAUCCAGAUCUUGCUGAUGCAUUUCCCAGUUCAGGACGACUAGCAUGUCAAGUCACUAAGGUGCUUUUAUUGGCAUUAAGAUGCACCGAGAGGAAGCCGCGUAAGAGACCAACCAUGAAAGACAUUGUUGGCUUCUAUCAGCAAGAGAUAUUCAAGUUGAGUUGCGAUGAUGUGGAUAUGGUUAAUGAAGAUGUUGUUGAUGUGGCACCACAACCAUACAGUGUUCCAUUUUUCAGUACUAAUCCAUUUUCUGACACUCAGUGUGACUCCUAUAUGCAUGGUGAAACUAGUGAGGCUGCAAUGCUGAGACAUAACAAGUUUGCAUUAUAUGUGGACAAUGAACCUCAAGAUUCUAAUGGUUUCAGCUGGUGGCAAGAUUUUAGUCAAUCUCAAAAUUCUUUGGUUGAUUGGAAUGUGAUGGCUACAACUAAAACUGCUGUUGAUGGAUUCACAGUUAAAUUAAUAGGCAAUGGUAAGAUAUAUACUGAACAAGUAGUAGUAACUGCACUAUUUGUUCAUAAAGUAACCUAUACUUGGCCUUAUUUGUUCUUCCUUCCAACUGUGAAUGGACCAGUAGUUACUCAACCCUUCAACUGGUUUUUCCUCUCUUGUUUGACUCAGUAUAUGUAUCAGCAGAAAUCCUUGAAAUCACAGCUCAAGUCCUGCUUUAUAGCACCUAUCAAUGACUCUUCAUCUUGUGUUAUUGUGUGUAACAAUGGAGUAAAUGGUCGAUGAGUCAUGGGAAGAAAAUUCUAUUAACGCAUGUAAACAUUUAGUCUUAAUAUAAAAUAUAAAUACUAAUAUUUUUUUUCUUACA